AUGUCCGGCGGUCGCGGCGACGGCGCAGCCCGAACCUACACCUACCACACCUACAGGAUAGUCGGGGAGACGACGGUCGAGCAGUACCCCUCUGUCGUGCAGGUGGACUUCCUGUUGCCCAACAUUGGGUGGGAUCAGAUGUGCGCCGGCACCAUCCUCACGCCCUUAGUCGUGGUCAGCGCUGCUAACUGCUUUCUCGGGAACGUAGCCGCAGAACGUAGGCGCAUCCGAGCGGGUUCCUCCAUCAGGAACUCCGGGGGCACCAUCAUCGGCCUGCGCUCGUACCGGAACCACCCGGAGUUCCAGAUCCAGCAAUCCAUUUCAUCAAUCAUGAAUAAUAAUAUGAUGAAAAAAAACGCCGCGGUCAUCAGUCUGCUGUACCUGGCGCAGCAGCUGGUGUUCAGCGCCUCGGUGCAGCCGGCGUCCAUCCCGCCGAAGGAGCAUCUGCCCAGCGGCUCGUCGGUCACCCUCGCCAGCUGGGGACGCAGCGUGGUUAUGUCAUACGGUGGAUUGUUUAAGAUGAAUGUCUGUGUCAAUGAGGAACCUUACUCCUUCCGAGGGAGAAAGUAUUAA